GAUGCCGCCGGCGCCUCCGCCACCACUGAAAAAUUAAAUUCACCACUCAAUUCACAUUUCUCGAGCUGUAUAUCGACAAUGUCAGCAUCCAAUUCGGCGAAGCAGGCCAAGGCACGUGACCUAAGGCACCGCGUGCUCACGUGCCUCCACAAGCUCUCCGAUAGAGACACGCACUCCGCCGCGGCGUCGGAGCUCGAAUCGAUCGCGAGAGCUCUCUCCGCCGACGCGCUCCCCUCCUUCAUCUCCUCCGUCUCCGCCACCGACUCCUCCGAUAAAUCGCCCGUCCGCCGCCAGUGCCUCAAGCUCGUCUCGAUCCUCUCCGAGAGCCACGGCAACUCUCUCUCGCCCUACCUCUCGAAGAUCCUCUCCUCCGUCGUCCGCCGCCUCCGCGACGCCGAUUCCUCCGUCCGCGCCGCCUGCGUCGCCGCGUCUCUCUCCCUCUCGUCGCACGUCACCUCCCCUCCGUUCGCGUCGCUGAUCAAGCCGUUCGCCGAAUCGCUGUUCACGGAGCAGGAUUCCAGCGCGCAGACGGGCGCGGCGCUGUGCCUGGCGGCGGCGAUCGAAGGAUCGAGGAGUCCUGACGCCGCGAGCUUGAGGAGGCUGCUGCCGAGGAUCGAGAAGCUGGCGAGGAGUGACUGUUUCAAGGCGAAGCCGGCGCUUCUGGCGCUGGUGGGGAGUGUUGUGGCGGUGGAGGGAGUGCUGCGUGUCGGCGCGGGGAAUGUGGUUUGGAAUUUGCUCAAUUUGUUGGUGGAUUUCCUGAGCAGUGAUGACUGGGCCGCGAGGAAGGCUGCUGCGGAGGCGUUAGCGAAGAUCGCCGCCGUGGAGAAGGAAUCGCUCUCUGAGUAUAAGGCGUCGUGCUUGAAGACUUUUGAGGCCAAGAGAUUUGAUAAGGUGAAGGCAGCAAGGGAGACGAUGAAUCAGAUGAUUGAAGCUUGGAAUGAAAUUCCAGAUCUGCCUGAGGAGUUCUCGCCGGUACCGGAAUCAGAGGCAUCGUCUAAACAAAAUGCCAGUGAUGGCCGUUACCCUCCUGUCUCCAAGACUCCCUGCUCUGUUGGGUCUAAUACUCUUUUAUCAAGGAGAAGAAGCCCUCUGGAUAGCCCGGCUACCAGGACGCCGCAUGCUGAUGGUUCUCCAGCUUCGACUGCAAGGAAAAGAAGUCCUCUUGGUUCUAAUGUGAAGAAAACAGGCCCAGCGAUGUUCCAGAAGUUGGAUCGGAAGAAGCCCUCUGACUUGAAAGUUGAAAUCGUCACUCCUGCUGGUUGUUACGGGAUGGAAUCAUCCGAUGGUAAAGGCGAACAUGCUAUGGAAACCAGUGAGGGAGAGAAGAAAGCAUUUGAAAAGUCAGGAAUUAAACGUGCCCUUUUCAAGGAGAACAAUGGGAAGCAUAAGCUUGGGUUCUUCAGAGGUGUCUCUCGUGUUGUUCCGUGUGGCGACACCAGCAUUGUUGUUAGUAAUGAAACGGGAGAUAUCUGUAGGAACCAGAAAGAGUGUGACGACUUAUCUUUGAUACGGAAUCAACUUCUUCAGAUUGAAAGUCAGCAAUCCAAUUUGAUGGACAUGCUUCAGAAUUUUAUUGGAAGUUCACAGAAGGGAAUGACUUCCCUUGAGGCACGUGUGCACGGUCUUGAGCUUGCUUUAGAUGAAAUUUCGUUCGACCUAGCUGUCUCAACUGGAAGGAUGUCGCAAAAUGGUGCAGCAGGAGCUAUGUGCUGCAAGAUACCUGGCACUGACUUCUUGAGCUCAAAGCUGUGGAGAAAAGCAGGAUCUCGUUCUUCAGCUCCUCGAUUACCAGCUUCUUCUGGUGGAAAUCCAUCCAUGGAACACCGAAGGUUUCUCCAAGGUCGCCAUGCACUUGUCAAGAAUCCACUGGCCAACAUUCCUAGUGGCUCCCCAGGAAUACCUGAAGUUUCCUCAACUGGAGCCGUAUAUAAUAGUACUGCUUGAUGUGUGCCAUCCAUUUAUAUGCCCGGGCUACUCGAGGUAACAGACCAAAUAGAGUCUACUAUAGCCCAUUUUGAAGGAUACUAAUACUCUCAAUACCCAUGUAUAUACACGAUUUCCUUGGUGAAACAAGGAUCAACAGCACGAUCCUCACACCAGUAUCAGUCCUUUGAUUCUUCGUUUCUGCACGUGUACACAAGCUCCGAGAGUCACAGAAGAUGGAGACUGUCCCGUCCAACCCCGUCAUGAGAGAAAUGGAACUAAUCCUGCUUUUAGCAAGUAUGGAUUCAUAUAUGGUCGAGAAAUGAUUACUUCUGCUUCAUAUCUUUGUAAAAUUUACUUACAAUGAUGUUAGACCGCUAUGUAAUGUCACAUGUUAUUUUCUAAGAAAUUUGAUUGUGUUUCUAAAA